AUGGAUUCUUUGAAAUUUAUUAUAAUUGUCACUUUCUCGAGAGCUGUCAGAGCUAUACCAAUGGAUAUGAACAUGAAUAUGCCUGGGAGUGAUUCGAGUAGUAUGAACCUUACCAGACCUGACAUACUUGAUGGUACACGCAAAUCACUCCAUUGGAUUGCCACUUUAUUCUUCUUAUUUUUGCUCCCUUCUGUAGCGGCGUCAUUGAUAUAUGCUGGCAAGAACCGUUCUGCCACAAUGCUGCAUUUCAUAUCCACCCUAUAUUCGACUUUAGAAAUUACUACAAUGAGUUUUGCUGAUAAUGACGGAGUUGAAAACGCUACUUCAAGGGCUACUGGAUGGAUAUUAUUCCUGAUCAUGUGGGCCACAUUAUUUGCUUAUGUCAUUUCAAGCUGUGCAACCAGCAUAAUGAAUAGCAACAAUAAAAAUCUGAAACUAUUAGUCUCAUUUUUUGGCAAUAAAUAUCUUUCACUGCUGAACAAAGUUUUGGCUUCUAUAAUAAUAAUUUUAGGUUGGCUGAGGGUUUGUUUGGCACCAGUCGCAAUGUUUGGUUUUUGCAGGAACAAGCAUACUGGCCAAUGUAUAGCACAUGGGAUAAUGGGCUCAAGCUUUAUCCUUUAUGGAUUCAUUUAUACAUUAGUAUUGCAGGUACCCUUGCUGCGGAAUUCAACUGCAAACUGUUCUCAAGAUUACAUUGACAGUUGGGUCAUGUGCCUUUACGGCAUAGUGAACACAUUCACAGAACACAGAUGGGGAAAAGAAGAGUGGUUGAUGCAUGAUUAUCAACACACAGCAAUGGGUAUAUUGUGGUGGGCAGGAGGUAUAUUAGGCAUCUAUUUAUCAAGAAAAAAUAGAAGAACAUUUAUUCCAAGUUUACUAAUAAUCUUUACAGGAUGGGCAAUGACACAGCACGCUCAGCGUUUAGCUAUAAGCACAAAUGUCCAUUAUUUUUUCGGAGUCAUUUUAAUGACAGGUGGAGCUUUAAGAAUCUUAGAGAUAUCGGUUCUGCUAGGUGAUUUGCGAAGCGACACUAAAAUCUUAUCAUUCCAAUAUCUACCACCAUUUUGCUUGAUAGCCGCAGGCGUCCUUUUUAUGUCCGCCAAUGAAGAACAACUUAUACUAGUGUUGCGACUAAAUGCUGAACACAGUUCAUAUGUAAUGGUGGUACUUUCUGGCGCAUUUUUGCUCCACUUUUGGGUGAUCGUCUGCCUUGAUCUAUAUGUAUACUUGUCGGAGAAAAAUGACGCAGAUAUACUAGGUAAAUAUUCUGACACGUGGAGUAAUGAGCUAGAGUCUAAUAUUGUGUACGAACUGAGUACUAAUGAAGAGUCGGAACAUCCGAAUGGUUCAAAUAGCUUUGAUUUAUAA